GCGCUCAAGCGGCGGUUGGAGGAUGCAGCUUUCGGGGAGCCGUUGCCUGCAGGCUCCCCGUCCGCAGACUUCCGCGUGUACUCCGUCCACCAGGCUUUGGCCGAGCCCCCGCUCGCAAUUGCUGCAGUUUCGGAGCGCGCCUUCCCACUGGAGCCCCUUGAGGCCAUGCACGUCGACGCGAUCGUGACGCAGCCAGAUGCUGCUGCUCGAGGGCUGGGAGCAGUGUUGUUGCGCUGCCUCGUGCAGCAAGCAGCGACAGCCAACCAGGUGCUGGUGUUGGAGCCGCAGUCCGCAGGGCUGGAGGCCUACUUCACCCGGCUAGGCUUCCAGCACGUCGAGGAAGUCGACCCGUACCUCUGGAUUCCCUCCGGGGCGCUUCCGGGUGGGGAUGUGGACGUCCGCUAUGUGCUUGUGCAGGACGAGGACUACCAGAGGCGGGCCUUGGGAUCUCAGGGUUUGAGGUUGCAGUCUUGA